UUGCCCGUCAGAGUAGCUGGCGGCAGUGGCGGCUCUCGGGACUGGGUUGUCAGUCAGUGAGCGGAGGGGGAAGAUGGCUCGCCAGGACCCGUUCUGCUAGGAAGAAGUGGGGGGGCAGGUGGUGCUGCUUAUUCGGAGCAGUAGCCGUCGCUGUCGUUGCGAGCCAGACAAGUCGAGGUUCUGGAGGUCGAGCUUGGAGAGCCGCUCUGGUUGAAGAUUUAGAACAGAUGUGGAAAGAUGUUCACUUCAGAGAAAGGGGUUGUGGAGGAAUGGUUGUCGGAGUUUAAGACACUACCGGAAACAUCUUUACCAAAUUAUGCUACAAAUUUGAAGGAAAAGAGUUCUUUAGUUUCAUCUCUCUAUAAAGUUAUCCAGGAGCCACAAAGUGAGUUGUUGGAACCUGUCUGUCACCAGCUCUUUGAAUUCUAUCGCAGUGGAGAGGAGCAGUUGCUUCGAUUUACGCUGCAGUUUCUUCCAGAACUGAUUUGGUGCUACCUCGCCGUCUCCGCCAGCAGAAAUGUGCACAGCAGUGGAUGCAUUGAAGCUCUUCUUCUAGGGGUUUACAAUUUGGAAAUAGUUGACAAACAGGGACAUAGUAAAGUAUUGAGUUUUACGAUUCCGUCUUUAUCCAAACCAUCUGUAUAUCAUGAACCUUCCAGCAUUGGGUCCAUGGCUCUGACAGAGAGUGCCCUAUCCCAGCAUGGUUUGUCAAAAGUUGUGUACAGUGGACCUCACCCCCAAAGAGAGAUGCUGACAGCACAGAAUAGGUUUGAAGUGUUGACAUUCCUUCUGUUGUGUUACAAUGCUGCCUUAACCUAUAUGCCCCGUGUUUCUCUUCAAUCACUGUGUCAAAUUUGUUCAAGAAUCUGUGUUUGUGGUUAUCCUCGACAACAAGUAAGAAAAUACAAAGGUAUAAGUAGCAGGGUACCAGUUUCUUCAGGAUUCAUGGUGCAAAUGUUAACAGGAAUUUAUUUUGCCUUUUACAAUGGAGAAUGGGAUCUAGCUCAAAAAGCAUUGGAUGAUAUUAUAUACAGAGCCCAGCUAGAAUUAUAUCCAGAGCCAUUGCUGGUUGCCAAUGCAAUACAAGCUUCAUUGCCUCACGGUGCCAUGAGAUCUAGUAAGGAGGGUACAAGGUGUAUUCAAGUUGAGAUCACACCAACUUCCUCUAGAAUAUCAAGAAAUGCAGUAACCAGCAUGUCAAUAAGAGGUCACAGGUGGAAAAGACACGGAGAUACAGAAUUAACAGGUCAAGAAGAGCUGAUGGAUAUAUCCGAAGUUGACGAGGGAUUUUAUUCCAGGGCUGCCUCUAGUACCAGCCAGUCGGGUUUAUCAAACAUUAGUCAAAAUUGUAGUAACAAGACAAGUACAGGAAAGACUCAGAGACGGUCAGGAGGAAACAAAACUGGAGGAAAAGAGAAAGAAACUACAGGGGAGUCUUGCAAAGAUCACUUUGUUCGGAAACAAACGCAGAGAGCCCAAAGUGAGAAUCUCGAGCUUCUCUCCUUGAAGAGACUUACACUGACAACCAGCCAAUCUCUGCCUAAACCUUGUAGUCAUGGUUUGGCUAAGACUUCCACCAGUGUUUUCAGUAAAUCCUUUGAACAAGUCAGUGGGGUGUCAGCCCCGCAUAACCCGUCAUCUGCUGUCGGCUGUGGGGCUGGGACAGAUGCCAAUAGGUUUUCUGCUUGUAGUCUCCAAGAAGAAAAGCUGAUAUACGCUUCUGAAAGGACUGAAGUUCCAGUGAAGCAUCAAGCAGGUCAGCAGAGACCUCCUAGUAUUAGCAUUACUUUGUCCACAGAUUAAUUUGUAAGGGUUUCCUCACAUAAGCAGUUAAUCUGGAAAUACAACUUGGCUUCUUCAUGCAAGUUCCCAGGGUCAUCUUUCAUCCCUGCUCCUGAUGGGAGCCCUGAUGUCUUAAAUUCUGAUGGCUACCUUGACUUUAUGAAAGGAAUAAUGUCUAGGUUGUAGUAAGUUGAAAUAUGGUUUUGCUAUUUCUUGGGUUGUAUUUUUUCCCCUUGGCUUGAGUCUUUUUUUUUUUUUAAUCUUGUUUAUGUUGCCCUAAGAUUGACAUUGUGAUAGUACAUUUUGACAGGUUGUGUGAUCAGAUUGGUUACAUCUCCUGUAAGGUUGUGAAUCUUUUUCUUUAAUAACUCCUAUUUUGGUAGCUAUAUAUGUUUGGCCUUCAAUGUAAAGGGAAUCCAUGUAUGGAAACCGUUUUUUCAAGGAUGAGUCUAGGUACAACUCCAGGAAUUCUACAGCUGGCACUCUGAAAAACAGGCAUGUGAGAAAACAAAAAUGAUACGUAUGAAAAGUGCCUGAUAAAAAUGUUUGUAGCCAGAUCAUCUUGAAGAUUAGUAGAACAGUUUAUAUAAAGCACUGGAAAAUGCCUCAUAACUCAAUACCCUAAAAUAUUAUAUGAUUCCAGGGAAUGGGAAGAGGGGUUGCCGUCAUUUAUUUGGAACAUUUUAUAUCAAAAGUCAGGUUGCAAGUAGAUGUGUUUUGAAGUGUUUGAUCUGGAUUUAGCAGGUGAAAAUCCUUUUCAGUUCCUAAGAUGUAAUAGGCCAUAAAGCUGGCUUACCCUGCUGCUGGACUUCGGAAAUACUGCUUAGUUUGGAUUCCCAUAAUUCAAAGCACACAUCAUUGAAGACUUCACUGUAAAUUUUGUACCUCAGCUCUAAAGAUACCAGUGUUCACCAUGUUGAAUGGUUUGUCUACAAAUGAAGGAAAUUAGGUAAAUUUUUCAUCUAUUAAAUAUCAUUGAAAGAAAAUAAAAAUAGUGAAAUAUGGACAAAAGACAUUUAUAUAUUAACUAAUUUAGGUUAUUUAUGUUUGUGUUUUUAAAUUUUUAAAUAUGAAAAGUAUUGAAUGUGUUUCUUGUUUUGUGAACAGGCCUAUUUUAAAUGUUCUUGUUAAGAUAUGAAGAAUAAUCAGUGGAGUUGCCCCCAGCCAAAAAAAAUAAAAAUAGAAAGCUAAUUUAACAGAAGCUGAACAAACAUGUAUGUAGCUAUAGAGGAUCAUGUGACCUCCAAAUGGAUAUAAAAAUUUGGUAUUUGCUAGUGGUGAUAAUUUCAGCUAUGGUGAGGUUCCUUUUAAAGCAAGUGCUUAGUAAUAAUCUAGGGUGAGGGAGAAAAAAUCAGGGUUGAGAAUGACAGAGUAAGUUGACUGGGGAGGAAGGCCUAGGGAGCUGUCCCCUUUUCAGUGGUUAGUACACAGUGUUUUCCUUAUUCAGAGUCCUUAGCUGUGGCCACACAGAGAAAAUGCUAGUUUUCAUCUUGUACCUGUUUAUGCAGUGCUCAAAUUUGUGAAAAAGUUGUAUGUCUUGAAGACUGCUAAAGAAUUUACAUUAUGAAUGCAGUUUUGACUGUAACUACUUUGGCUGUUGUUUUAAAUCUAAUUUUUAAAAAAUCAUUAACUAGUUUUCAUUGAGUAAUCCUGAAUAAAAUAUGGGUUUUAACAUAAGUGAACUUGAUAUUUUUAGUUCCAGUGGUAGAAAUGAAAUAAGAUCUAUUGGCAUACAUUAUAGUUUAAAAAAAAAAGGGCAAGUCAACUGGACAGUGAAAGUUGACAAAGUAUUAAUGUACUAAGAAUCCUGUGUUCAAUUUAAAUCCUGUGUACAGUCACUGUGAAUUUCCUAUUGUCUUUUUGUAAUUCUUUAACAAAGAAUUUUUCCUAGGCAUAGCUGCUAACAAUCUUAAUAGUCUUUAAGAGUCUUAAGAACUAAUUUAAAAGAUUGGCAUUGGAAGCAAGUUAAGGUGCUUAGGAAAUGUUGUAGAUGGUUUUUGGGAAACAUUAGUUUGAGGACACAUUAGCCAGCAUACAUAAGAGAUCAGGUUUUAAUGUUCAGCUGUUGUGAUGGAACCUCAUUUUGGUAUUAUUCUAGAUCACUGUGGUCUGAGGAGCAGUAAGGAGCAUUGGCAUCACCUGGCAGAAUUUCAGAGCCACCUUAGAUCUACUGAAUCAUAGCCUGUCUUUUAAUAAGAUCUCAAGUGAUUAUUAUGCACGUUAAAGUUUAAGACAGUAUCAAAGUGCAAACAAAUCACUUACCUAAUAUUUAGAAUUCUCAGUGGUCUCACAACCCUAGAUCAAAUAUGUUGGAUACUAUAAUCUUCAUUGUUUUUAACAGCUAAUUAAUUUUUUACAGUGUAAACUCACUUAAGUCCCCUAAUUCUAAAUCUUUAAUUAAUCUCAUUUGUUCUUACAAUAAAAAUGGUUAAUAUUUUGUAUUUUUCUGAUAACUAAAAAUGGAAUCAGAGCUCUACAGUUUCAAGUAUGAGGGGCACCACCCUUUAUACAGCGCACAGCAAACCUGCAUGUGCUUAUUCUUUUAAAACCUGAAGGGUUACCCAAAGGAAUGGUUCUGAAUUUCUGCUCCAGGUAAUUUGCACCAGUUGGUUUUCUGGAACGUGGAAUUAUGUGGAGUUGUGUAAACAAGAAAAUUCUUUUCUAGUAUCUUUGAUGCUAUUUCAAAUAAGGAUUAUACAUUUGAAAAUUUUUAUAGCAAUUAUAAAUACUGGGUAAUGCUAACGUAUUGUAACAAUUGUAAUUGUCUCUACUAUUCUUGUCCCACUUAUUUUUCCAAAUUUGAAAGUUGGGGUGGCUUUUGUAGAUCAUUUUCUUCUGAAGAUGCUGAUGUGACCAUUUGGUCACAGACCUCUAUAUAUUCAGAGUAAUAUCUUUUAUUGCAAGAAGGAUUCUGCACAAAACUGGGGCCUUGUACCCCAUAGCUCAGAGGAUCUGAGUAGACCCUGUAGUCCCAUUCCACAUUUUAAACCUCUGAAAGAUUCUUGGAAUUACCCAACCUCUCACUCUUCAAAUACCCAACUACCUAGGAUAUUCUAGUGAAGCUGGAUGCCAGAUUUUGCCUUUUGGAAUCCAAGUGGAGAGAGAAACAAAGACUUAAGGGGAGUGUCCUAGGGCAGGUGAGCACCCUGGAGUCCCUUGUUAUACCACCAUGGAGCUUUUAAAGGCAACUCUGUAGAUUUGAAGAGUAGAAAUUCUCAGUCCUUAAAUGAUUUCAGUGGUUUUGAAAAAGCGAUAUUUCAUUGUUCUCUUCAAUUAUGAAGUAACUGCUUAGCAAAAAUUAUUCAUUUAAAGACAAAAGAGUUGAAAUAAAGGGAAAUAAAAAUUUUAAACCUAAAUAGAUAAAAAUAAUCCCAUUUUUAGAGGAUUUUGCCUAUUUGGAAGAAUAAAAUUAAAGUGGUGAAACCUUUACAUUUAAAUUAUAAGGAAAAAUACACUCAAACUUAAUUUUCAGCAAAUAUUUAAAAUAAGGCUAUUUAACAUUUGAGUCUAUAGGCACUGUAAGUCUACACUUUAUUAAAGGGAAACACAUCAAGAAAAUAUGUAUGUUAAAUAAUGUAACUGAAAAAAAAUGUUUUGAAAAGCCAUUUAAAAAGAAUAAUUUGAUGCGUACUUAAGCAUUGUAGAUAAAAAUGAGUGUAUUAAUAGUGUUUUCCCAAUCUUUGGAUAAAAAAAUUAACUCUCUAGUCCUUUGAUUAGCAUGAAUUUAUACUUUUAGAUUAAUUGCUUUGUAAAAUUAUAUAUAAUGCUUUGAGUUAUUCACAUUUAUAUUUAAUAUUGAUAAAUUCUUCAUCAGAGAAUAUAAGUAUGUUGUCUUCUGUAUUUUGUAACUUGUGCAUAUCUAAAGAGACUAGCAGUGAACAUUUUAGAAGAUGCUUUUGUAUUUUUUAAUAGUAGAGUUCUAGAGUAUUAAUGUCUUGAUAUAAAGUUUCUAAUAGUAAACUCAAGAUCUUGUUUCACAUACUGUUAUUGUGUACCUCUAAUCUUUACUUCUAAUUACAUAGUGAUACUAAUCUUUUCAUAGUAAAUAUACUUGUUUCUAAUUGUAUUCCUAGAGUUUACAUUCCUAAAGAAUAAAUUAUGACUUUGGAUAUUUUUAUGUGCUCCCUACCUUUUUAAGGCCAUGGAAAUAAACUGGAGUUUAGUUUUUUGAUGUUUUGUAUAUUUGUGUAAUUGUUCUCCAUAUAUAAUACUUUUUACAACA